GACCUCACCUCAAGAAGACAAAGGAGCCUCCCUUCGAAUCAGCCGUUUACAGAAGUCUGUAACUUGGAUUAGGGUUUUUCUCAAGAGAAAAUACAGGCAGCGUUGAUGGCUUCUUCAAAUUCACCCCAACUCAGCGAUGAUGAUGAUGAUUUUGGUGAUGAACCCCGUGAGAUGACCAUCCAUGAUGAUGCUUAUUUUGGUAAUGAACCCCGUGAGAUGACCUUAGAAGAGGAGAUAGAAUACUAUAUUGCCUUGAAGAAAACUGAGGGUUUUGACAUGCCCUCUUUUCCCGAUUCUUAUGCUUGUGGUCGUAUUGAGACUAUAACUGGGAGUCGAUUACAUUCGGAAGAGCUUCAAGAAUGCGCAGACAAAGACAAAGCUGUUGACUAUUUCAAUCAACAAAAUGGUACAAGUUUUGAAUUUGUAAAGAUGGUGAAGGCAACUAAUAAAGCUGUUGUUGGUAUAAUGUACUACCUCACUUUUGAAGUCAAGCAAAUGGGAUCGCCUCCAAACUCUCCCACCAAAACACUCCAAGCUCGAGUGUUGCGUGGUCUUCCUAUUGGCCAUUUUGAUGUAGAACUAUGCAGGCCAGAACCCUCUACUUCUAGUUGAAGUAGAGUACCACCAACAAUCUACCAUUUAUCUCAACUCUAUUAGUAUUUCAAUUUUAAUCUUUCAAUUUUAAUCUUUCAAACACUAUGAUGUGGAACCAUGAUUUUAAUAUACUUAUGUGCAAAGCUAGCUACUAAUGUUUA